GUAUUAGUAUGGGAAACUAAUAGAUUUGUGAUGAAAACUUGUGUUAGACUUUCGUGUUAAAAGUAUAAUGGUAAUCUAGUGAUCAUGGAGCGGAAGUUGACUCGCGAGGACUUCAUGCGAAAGAGCUUUCGGGCUCCGAGGGUGUCUCCUGCCCCUGAUCAAAUCACAACUCAGAAUGGCGCACCUCCCCCAUCGCCGGUGUCAUUAGCAAUGCUAGAAAAGACUCCACAGCCUCAAAGAGCUAAAUAUGAAGUUACUUCAACUGGCAUCGCUCCAAAACGCCUAGAACUUAAUAGAGCGCAUCCGAUACAUCUAAAGUCAUUCCAAGCCUCUGAAUCGCCUGAGGAUAAUGGACCAACGCCACCAUCAGAUGAUGUUUUGCGUAAAUUAGAAAGACAGAUCGGCGAAAUGGAGCGAGGCUUGGAAAGAGCUCAGAACGGUACAGUUGAAGUUGAUGAAAGAGUACGUUAUGCGGAACACGAGAAUCUACUCCGCACUGGAGUGUCUUCUGUCGGCGGUGGGGGCUAUCUCGCAGCCGAGUCCGACACGGAACAUGAUGUUGUCCCCUUCAACAGAAAUGAGACGACACGUAGUAGUACCGGAGCAACUGCGCCUGCCCCGCGACCGGCCACCCGUCUGGCCAGAACAAAUUCAGAUACGCAGCAGCAUUCUGUCGCUGCUACAGCCCGCCUGAUGAGGAAACUGGCUGAUGGUGGUACAAAGGAUGAAAAGACUAAAGUGAUGUCGAGGAAAGCUAUUCAAGCGAGAAUGGAACAAGUGAAACGGUCAGUGGUAGGCACCAAACACGAGCACAGAGUACUGGCUGAACAUAAAGCUGAGCCGAACGCUGCCAAAACACCAACGUCUCCUGCCUCUCAACGUGCUUCUGUGCAGAGUGCUUCGGAGACGUCUGCGGGCGCUGGGGGUGCCUCGUCGGGGGGCAGCGCCCGGGUGUCUUCACGGUCCAGGACGUCAGAGGAGCCCCACAUCGGCAAGUACAAACUCCUGAAGACGAUAGGGAAAGGCAACUUCGCAAAGGUGAAGUUGGCGAAGCAUGUGCCGACAGGUAAAGAGGUGGCCAUCAAGAUCAUAGACAAGACUCAGCUCAAUCCUGGCUCACUACAGAAGUUAUUCAGAGAGGUGCGGAUAAUGAAGAUGUUGGAUCAUCCAAAUAUAGUGAAACUUUUCCAAGUCAUCGAAACGGAGAAGACAUUAUAUUUAGUUAUGGAAUAUGCAUCCGGUGGUGAAGUGUUUGACUAUUUAGUCUUACACGGACGUAUGAAGGAGAAGGAGGCUCGCGCUAAGUUUAGACAGAUCGUCUCCGCGGUACAGUACUGCCAUCAGAAACGGAUCAUUCACAGGGAUCUCAAGGCGGAAAACCUACUGUUAGACGGCGAGAUGAAUAUAAAAAUAGCCGAUUUCGGUUUCUCGAACGAGUUCACUCCCGGAGCGAAGUUGGACACGUUUUGUGGAUCACCACCCUACGCUGCUCCAGAGCUUUUUCAAGGAAAGAAAUACGACGGUCCGGAAGUGGAUGUGUGGUCGUUGGGUGUGAUUUUGUACACUCUGGUCUCAGGUUCUCUUCCCUUCGACGGAUCUACGCUUAGAGAGUUGAGAGAGAGAGUGCUUCGAGGGAAAUAUAGAAUACCGUUCUAUAUGUCAACCGACUGCGAGAAUCUGCUGAAGAAGUUCCUCGUGCUGAACCCGGCGAAGCGAGCCUCCCUCGAGAGCAUCAUGCGGGACAAGUGGAUGAACACGGGCUACGAGGAAGACGAGCUCAGGCCCUAUGUGGAACCGCAGCAGGACUUCAAGGACCAUAAACGGAUAGCGCAAGUUGAGGCACUAGUGUUGCUAGGUUACAACAGGCAAGAAAUCGAGUACUCGUUGGCGGAAGCGAAAUAUGACGACGUGUUCGCUACGUACCUGCUUUUGGGGAGAAAAAGUACAGAUCCGGAAUCGGAUGGGAGUCGAUCGGGAUCGUCUUUGUCUUUGCGGAAUGCGGCAGCCCCGCCCAACUCUCAACAACAAACGGGGAACGCACAUGCAGGCGCGGCGUGCGGGUCUCCGUCCCACCGCGGGGUGCAGCGCAGCAUCUCGGCCAGCGCCAGGCCUGCCGCGUCGCGCCGCGCCUCUUCCGGCGCGGAGGUCUUGCGCGCGCAAGUGGGUACCACCACCAGUUCAGCAAACAACACUACGUCUACGGCGACCACCACCACGUCCAAUUUCAAAAGACAGAACACAAUUGACUCGGCUUCAAUCAAAGAGAACACGGCUCGUAUAGCUCAGAUGCAGGUACAGAACACGGCGCGGCCGACGUCUGCUCAGCCGAAGUUAGAAGCGCGCUCGCGCACGUUAACCGGACAGACGAGACGUACGCAGUUUGAUCAUACGCACACGCCCGCCAAGUUAUCGCCUCCACAGGACACGCCCAGUGCGACGCAAACGGACGGCAAACACGGCGCGACUAACGGGCAGACGACCGCGACGAAAACUCACGUUAAAAGCGCUUCUAUAUCUUCGAGUACCGGCGCAACGCCCUUAUCGGCUGACACCUCGCAAAACGCCUCAGCCAGGGAUUUAGCUCAGCCAAGGCCGAGUAUAAAUUCUACAAUGACGACCACGGUGGGCGCAACCGGUGGUGCUGCGAAUGCAAGCGCGCGGCGAGAUUUUCCUAACCCAAUGGUUUUUCCUAGAAAUGUGCCCUCAAGAUCCACAUUUCAUUCGGGUCAAACCCGAUCUCGCGGUGGAAGCGCGGGAGGCGCUUACGGCGACGGAGGUUCCCCUCACCAAGCUCGACCUUCCUUUUUCUCGAAACUCUCCUCGAGAUUCUCGAAACGGUUGAAUCAGAACCCGUGAUGCGCGACCGACGAACGGCGAGAGAAGAUUUCACAUAGAGGAAAUAUUUGCGAAAUUGUUAUUUUUAGUUUAAAAUAGUUAACUGUAGUUCAGCGUAUUUUAACGUCUGUAUUCGAAGACGUGACUCGGAGGUGUUCGGCUCUCAAAACUUGACUUGAGUUAUGUCUUUGAAUAUUGCUCUUUUACUCAUUUCGUUAUAGGACUAGAAACGUACCUUUUAUUGGAGCAAUAAACGGAAAAUGUUUCGUGUUUUUAUACAAUGCGUGAGAUUCACUAUUUUUUACUACGGUGUUGUUUUUUUUUUCACUUUCGCACUUCAUGAGGCAGCAUUUGAUUUUUAAUUAUAAACAAGGCUCGACAUAGUAUUGGUGUCAAUUCUGUUCAGGUACAAAGAAAAAUGUGUACUUGUAAAAAGUAUUAUAGACAAUUAAAAGCGUCUUUUGCGCGCGAAUUGGCAUCAGGUCUGAUAAGUGAUUGUUAAUUUGAAGUGCAGUAAAGUGAGAUUGAAAAGAUACGCUGAACGAAAAUAUCAUUAAAAUCUUAAAAGUGUUAACAUUUUUUAUAUCUAGAUGUAAGUUCACGUAUGAUUAACCCGUGAGAGUUGCGUUUAUCAUUUUUAUUUGUCGCGACAACAUUUCUGCCUAUAUUUUAUAUUAUUAGAAAAUCCUCUGUAACAAAAAGUAUACAUCCAAAAUGUCAUUAAUGAUUUUAAUGAUAUAAUAUGUAGCGGAAAACUAGUCCCGUCGCGUUUCGCAUUUCGUCGUAGCUCUUAAGAGAUUCGAAGUUUUAAUAACGAAUUUUUAACAUUCCAGGGUUAUGUUAAGGUUGACAAUAGAAGCACAAUCAUUUCUACCCUUUUGGGUAACUCGUGACUGACUUGUGUAAUUGACAUCUCAUUAAAAUAUCAUUAAUAUGCCUUUCCGAUAUCAGUUUAAAUUCAGCAAUAUAAAAAUUAUUUGUUACGUAAUAGAUUAUGUAUAUUAUAGCUAAACGUUUUGAGUGAGAUAGUAUGUAGUUGUAAGUUAAGAGUCGGCCCGUUAUUGGUACAAAUACUCAGUAGGUGUUACCUUAAUGAUAUCCGCAUACGUAUCUCCUUAUUAGAAUGGGCCAAUGAAUCAUUUCAUUAAAAUUAUCAUUAAACCAAAAUGGAACGUGUUGUAAUGAUUUAAGUGAAAGUGUUUUGACAAUAUCAUUAGUACGUUUAUAUAUUGGAGGCUUAGUUUAUCAAUAAAUUAUUUUUUUAUUCAUCAAUCAAAAAUUAAGACGAAAUUGUCGUAUUUUUACUAAUCACAAUAUCACUAGAAAUUUUUUAAAGACAUUAUUUACUAGAAUAUAAUUAAAAAUAGUAACUCUUUAAAGUCCAUAGAGAUUUGAGCGUUGUACAUACAUGUACGGGAACCGUAUUUUUUUUUGUAUUAUCUAUGUUAAGAUCAUUCGUGUAUAUAUUCAUAGAAAUACUUAAUUUAAAUUAAGAACAAAAUAGCGUGUGUUUUUUUUCUUCAUAUAAACUGUGGUUGCAGUAUAAUUUUAAUUUGUGAUACAUGAAACACGUAAUGCAUAAACAUGAAUAGCUUAAAGUUUUAUCAAUAAUAUAUUUUUUGUUAAACAAAAUUAUUUUUAUCCGUCCGCUAUUAUGGUGUUAUAAUUAUCAAUUUGGCGUCACUGUUUCCGGUUUAAUGCAUUUAAUUUCGUAUACAGUGCUCAUUCUGAUAAACUGUUUUAUUCAAAUAGAUUGAAAAUUUAUUUGAUUCGGUCUUAAGUAUGAUUUCAAAAUGUCAACUAACAUUUUUGACAUUUGGGAGUCACACUUAUCAGUCUUGACUCUGAAUCACACUCUUAUAUUUAUCGUUUGCCGCUUACACUCGGGUAUUCUGGUAUUUAAACUGGGCGUUAAUAUGUUUUAUAUUUUUAACUAAAGUCACUUUUCGUAAAACAAAAUUUGACAUUACGAAAGACUUUAGUUAAAUCAGUGUAAUGAGACUGUUUUAGUUUUUGUCUAGAGUAUAUCAGAAUCAGUACCGAUGUCUAAAUGAUACGUGUUAAUCAUAUUUGUUAAAUAAGUUAAACUUAAUGAGAUAAUUUUCUACCUUUUCCUGUAAGUGUUAAACAGCGCUUAUCAAAAUGAAAACAGUUUAUUGGGUUUUAAUAUAAAGUCAUUUUAGUAAUUGAUUUGGUUUACAAAAAAAAUAUGAAUUUGUAUUGAAAUCACGCAAAAGUUUUUGCGAGCUGUUAACACCUGGAAUAUAGAUUGUUCAAGAUGUGGCUGCUACUUUUAUCUUGAUUAGUCUAUGGGUAAUUCAAAGACAGCGCGGAAUAUGACAUCCAUAUGUCAAAAUUUUGUACGGAGUCAUUUUGCGCUUGGUCUCGACUUUGAGUCCUCACCCUUCAUCUUGGACUUUAAUUUUAACAAUUUUGAAUUUUAGUGUGACUGUGAAAUCAAUGUUUUGUUAAGCAAUAUAAUAUGAGUGAAUGUUCUGAAUAAUCAGUUUUUUUUUAAUAUAAAAUGUGUUUUAUUUUACGAGUAUCCUCUCCAAACUUUUCCUGCUAUUGACGGGUUACGUGAAGUCCUAUUAAUUUUGUUAA